GAGUCCGCUGAGUCAGUUCAGUCGGUUCAAAAGACAAAAAACCGAAAACUUAGAUAUUUUGGGAUUCGGGAUUUGAACGAAAUUCAGCAACUGAGCAGUUAAACAAGCGUGACACGCAACCCUUUCAUCAAAAUUCACGCGAUAUUAAUCUUCUACUCAGGCGCGUAUAAUGGAGGUGGACAGGUCGAUACUGCUGCAAAAGCAGGUCCGUGACAAUUCCUCCGAUCUGCAGAGCGAAUUUUACGACAUGAAAAACUGGGAAGAACAAAUGAAGCGUAAAGACUCUGAGCUUUUGCAUGCAUCGGGGGAUCGGGUACUUCCGCCAAUCAGAAGCCGUAAAAAGAGCGCUGCCAAACAAGUUAAGCCAAAGACAACAGAGAAUGAGGCAAAUAGGAAACGGAUCAAGUCGUCAGAUUACACUUCGUGGGAUAAAUUUGAUGUGGACAAAGCCUGUGAAGAAUUGGAUAGGCAGGAAGAACACGAAUCAUCAGACGAGGAAUUGUCCAAAGAAGAACUUGAAAAAAAUCACAAUCAAGCAGUAGCUCAUAAAGAGAAAGGGAACGUUUUUGUCAAAAAACAACAGUGGAGCCAAGCGGUUCAGUCUUACGAUAAAGCAAUUAAAGUAUUUCCCUACGAUGCUGUGUUCUACGCUAAUCGAGCACUCUGCCAUCUCAAGAUGGACAAUUUAUAUUCGGCAGAAGCUGACUGCACAGCAGCUAUUCAACUCGAUGAACUUUACGUAAAAGCCUAUCAUCGACGAGCCACUGCGAGAAAAGAACUGAAGCAAUAUAAAGAGGCAAUGGAGGAUUUAGAAAAAGUGUUGAAACUGGAUCCGUCAAACAAGGAUGCCAGCAAAAUGCUGACAUUAGUGAAAAAAAAAAUCGAAAGCUCAAAGCCCUUACUUGUAUCACAAUCUGAUCUUACUGAUGAUACACCAAUUGAAAAGAAAAUUGGGGAAAAACUAUGUGGUGGUCCUGUUAAAAAGCCUCAGAAUAUAGAGGCCACAUCUUCAGUAGUUCCAAAACCAACAAUUCCCUGUUGGUCAUUGGGAGAAGGAGAAGAUGUCGCUAUUAUACAACCGGUCAUGAAACCUCCUCACCAGAGAUCUAAAAAACCGCUACGAAGAAUAGAAGUUAGAGAAACAGAAUCCAGGAACAGCAAUAUAGAAGGUACCGUCAAGAAAAUAGAGCCACUGAUAAGUGAAGUAAUUCCAGUGCAAGAAGUUGAGCACGAUAAAGUUAGACCAACAAAUCUCGAGCACGUUGAAUUACCACCUGUGCCAAGAACUACGGUACAAUUUUUCAUGAAUUGGAAAAAAAAUAAGGACCCAGAAUUUCGCUUCCUGUACUUGGAGCAAAUGCCUGUAGAUACAAUACACAAGUUAUUUAAAGACUCUAUGGAACCGGAUACAUUCAGUGAGAUAUUAACAAUUUUGUCGACUGAAUUUAUAAACAGAAAAAAGCCAUUAUUUCGAUAUCUCGAAGACCUUGCACAAGUAAAGCGAUUCGGUGCUCUUACUAUGUUCAUGUCUACUGCUGAUAAAAAUGCUUUGAAAACGAUUUUCAAAUACUGUGAAGUGUCUGAACAUAAAUCGCAGGAUGAAAUUGCAUCUCUACAAAAGAAGUAUGAAGUUUAAAGAAAACCACGGUAUGCUUGAUUUGGCACAGCAGCUAGUUUAUGAGGUGUUGAAUCGCCAGUAAAAUAGCUAUUGUAGAUGAAAAUUUCACAUAAAUUUAAGAAAAAAGAUGUCGACACUUGUGUUUGUAAAUCUUUACAUUUUGAGUUAUCAUAUUCCAAGAUCUUGUGAGAAUUGAUUCAUUAUCCGUUCCGAACAAAAUAAAAAAGGAUGUUAAUUUUCCGACUCAAGAUCUUACUCUUUAGCCUAAUAGCUGUUGAUAACGAAUCUGAUUGUACACAUCUUCCAAUAUCUGACUUUUUUUUUGGCAAUUCAGCAUUAUACAUCAUAAUGUUUCUUUUGGUAAAUAAAAGUGACCGUUUCGAAG